AUGGCUGCGUCUUUUAAUCCCGGCGCCUCCGCUCUGAUGCAGCCUCCAUCUACAUCGAUACCGCAACCUUCUGCUUCAUUAAUGACGCAACAUCCUCCUCCAACAACGACUGAAUCUCCAUCAACAAUGCAGUCGCCUUGCCCAGCGUUAUCAUCUACGUCUCGUCGUCCUUUACAUCGACUAAGUUGCGAGAUUUGUGAGCACUGUCAAAGUCCCUUAUGCAGGGACGAGAGGAUGGUAAUGCGUGAUGGAUACAGCUACCACAAGAAAUGCCAUAAAUGCUAUGUCUGCAGUGAGACAGACCUUGUCAACGCAGAAGUGUUCAAGGGUGUGAUAUUUUGCUCCGGCUGUGCGCAGAGGAUCUUCCAGGGGUGCUUCACGGCUCGCAGGAUCAAGACCAGUCGUGGUAGUAGAGGUAGAAAGACCAGAUCUAAGUCCAAAAGGCGAGAUAGAGUAAGGCCUCAUGUGAAGAGACAAGAUGGCAGUAGAGAUGGAGUGAUAGAACUGGCUAGACUCCACGGUUCCGUUUCUACUCUGUCCAUUGAUGUUAAGGAGAAACAGACCAAGAAGACCAGCAAAGCGGCCAUGACGAUACCUUCUUUAUAUGGAGAAAGGGGAGAAAGAAAAAUAUAUGAAGAGGGAAAAAUCCAAGUGCAGGGCAACGUUUUUAAAAAAGAGAAAAUAAAGAGGAAUCAGUCAUUCUAUGUUUUAGAAAUGGGAACUACGACUGACGUCACCCAGGAGUUGUUGAGACAGAUCAACUGCGCUGUUCCCGACUGCGAGGUUUGCAUCCUAUUUUGCUUUCAUACGCAUUGGCAAGCGCUGCGAAUGACUGCGUUCCGCGCGCUUCAAAGAGCCAAUAGACCACCACAGACGGGGCCCUAUAGGGCUGAUGUUCAGCCGGGGUUGCGGGAACUCGGAGUUUCAACUGAAAUAGCAAAUAUGGCGUUGCGCAAGAACUCUGAAGUCCCUGUUAUCAUUAAGUCUAAGAUGGGCGCCGCAGGUGAGGUAGGCGCCGGAAAAGGUGGCUUCAAGAUUGAAAAAUCGUACCUCUUGCAGUCUGUCGGUUUUGAAUCAAGAGUCAGAUGUCUCCGGCGAUCGUUCCGACUGGGUUGGAACGCCUUGCAGUACUGUCGAAGAGUCGGUGGCUACGUCGUGGAGUCCGAAGGUUAUAUUCGACAAUUAACAGAAGAAGAACGCCAUACAAACUUGGAUGACGGCUGUAGCGUGAUGUCCGUUUUCAUGUGCUUAGUCAACAAACGAGCUUACGGAUUACCUGAUGGUAUGCAAUCGGCGCCGCCCAUGGAUAUCCACAACACUGGAUUCCGGCCUUUUGGACAUCAGUAUUCUGGAGAUUUUGAGAUUGGGGAGUUAUGGAGGGAAGGAAAGGAUUGGGCCUUCGCGGGAUGA